AUCGUUGAUUUACAGUAUAUUUACAGUACAUGUGUCUGUAAUACAGACUCUGGUAACCAGACCUUAGAUCUGCGCAAACGAUGCGGACAUACCAUACCCUCCACUAAAAUAAGUUGUUUUGUGGUUUGUUUUCAAAAUAUUACUGGCAUUUAAGACAAAGUUAAAACCAUAUCAACGAUAGCGUAAUGUCGAGCCUGAGUGGAGGCAGCAGUCGGUUAAGUGAUAUUCCGCCCAAAUAUCGUCUAAAAACUUCGUAUACAUUACUGGUCUCUAGUUAUGUGGCGCUAUUAGCCUUAAUUUCAUUGAUCAUUUCAUUUGCCAGUCCAUACUGGCUAUCAUCGCACAAAUAUACGUAUUCCUCAUUUGUAAGACUUGGUCUCUGGGAUUUCUGUUUUGAUCGUUACAGACAUCCGCCCUAUCAAUACGAUGAGGUGUUUAAUGGUUGUCACUGGAUAUAUAGUUCCAAAUACCAAAACAUCAGAGAUUGGUUACAACCUGGCUGGUUUAUGUUCGUCCAGGGAAUGCUAUGCAUUUCACUCAUAUUCUCGGUGUUAACAUUGGGCACAAUCAGCGUUACAAUAAUGCAUUUCUUCAAUAGAUAUGUCAUUGCAGUGAUUGGAUCGGCAUUUUUGAUGGAAGUCUGUGCGACGAUUCCAUUAUUCUUGGGUUGGCUCGUGUUCUGUAUUAUGCAUUCAGAUCGCGGAUGGUUUAUGUAUCCCAUGUAUAAUCACUUGGACUGGGCUUUCUAUGUGGCAAUCCUUUCGUCGGCACUUCAUAUGAUUGCCUCAAUUCUCUUAUUAUACGAGACUUUUAAGACACGGGAAAGAAAGCAAAAGUUGACGAAUUUGGUGUACAAUAUGCAGCCCAGGGCACCAAACGAUGCAUACGAUUCAAUGCCUUUACAGAGAAAGCCGGAACGACAGACACACUUCUCCGAAGUUUAAAUGUUUCAUAAAUUUGUUAAAUAUUACAGACAUUAGAAGUACUUAUAUGUAUGGCAACUAUUUGUAACAUUAAUUCACACGAUUCUUGUUUAAUGCAAUAAUACUUUCAAUUAUUGACUAUUUUUAAAGUAAAACUUCGACACAAAUAUCAUAUAUUAACUUAAGAGUGACUCUCACCUGGAAUUCC